AUGACUAGUUUGUUGAAUCCUACUCCAAUAAAGCUGGUUAUCGAUACCGAUCCUGGUAUUGAUGAUUGUCAUGCUAUAAUGAUGGCUUUUUCGCCUUCAGACGUGCAAAUUCUCGGCCUUACUAUUGUUACAGGCAAUGCAUCACUUGCUCAAGGCAUUCGCAAUGCUCAUCAUCUUUUACAUACUUUUCAACGUUACGAUAUACCUGUGUUUCGUGAAGCAGACCGAACCGUUGAUGGUGGCCAAAAGUAUGCACCAGAUAUUCACGGUGAAGAUGGAUCUUGCAACGCCACUCGUGGCAAAGACAUUAAGUUGGACUUGUUGACUGAUGGACCAGCUGCUGUAGCACUUGGACGUUUGGCUCGUGAAAAUAGUGGACAACUAGUCUUAGCAGCAAUCUAUCAGUUGACCAACCUCUUUCUCGCCCAUUGGCUUGAUCCAGAAUUCAGUCGAAAUAUCCAGCGAUUGUUAGCUAUGGGUGGUAAUCAUACAAUCCCUUAUUUUGAAGCAUUAUCGAGUAAGUCUUCCUAUACGGAACGAAUAACAAAUACAUAUUAUCUGAACUUUUUAGUUAGUUUUGAAUUUAACCUUAAAUAUGAUCCAUUAGCUGCUGCAAUUGUUCUCGAAGAAUUUCAUACAAAACCAAUUCUAAUUCCAUACGAAUUGACUAAGAAGGCAUGCCUUUCGUUUCAAUUUCUCGACCAAAUGAGGGUCUGGGUAUGGGUGUGGGUAUCGGCGGAUGUGCCUGCAGAUGUGGGGUAA